CUGGUUUGGUCCACGGAUCAGCUGUGUCAGCAUUACGUAGGAAGUUGUUAGAAAUGUAAAUUCUUGGGUCCUUCUCAGACCUUAUGUAUCAGAAGCCCUGGUGACCCUGUGUUUUCAAAAGCCCUCCAGAUGGGAAACUCUUACGCUGGACAGCUGAAGACGACGCGGUUCGAAGAGGUCUUGCACAGCUCUAUCGAGGCCUCGCUGCGGUCCAGCAGCCUGGUGCCCAGGCCCAUCUUCUCCCAGCUGUACCUGGAAGCUGAGCGGCAGCUCUCUGCUCUGGAAGGUGGCAGCCGAGUGGACAAUGAGGAAGAGGAAGAAGAAGGAGAAGGGGCCCUGGAGCAGAACUGUCGCCCUAAUCCCUACCAGAUGCACCCUCUGCCCGAAGGGUGCUGCACCACAGAUGGGUUCUGUCAGGCCGGGAAGGACCUGCGUCUUGUCUCCAUUUCCAACGAGCCCAUCGACGUCCCUGCAGACUUCCUCCUCGUGGGGGCCAAGUCCCCCAGCCUGCCAGACCAUCUUCUGGUGUGUGCCGUGGACAAAAGGUUCUUGCCGGAUGAUAACGGGCACAACGCUCUCCUUGGUUUCUCUGGGAAUUGUGUUGGCUGUGGAAAGAAAGGCUUCUGUUACUUCACGGAAUUCUCCAAUCACAUAAAUCUUAAGUUGACCACUCAGCCCAAGAAGCAGAAACACUUGAAGUAUUACCUGGUCCGCAAUGCACAAGGGGCUCUAACCAAAGGACCUCUCAUUUGUUGGAAAGGCUCAGAGUUCAGAAGCCGGCAGACCCCCGCCAGUACUUGUUCCAGUCUCUUCCCACCCCUGGAGAGCUCCGGGCCUCUGGCUGCCUUCCCCAGUGAGCCUGUUCCUGGCACGAACCUGAGCGUCCCGCUGGGAGCCCAGCAGGCAGGCCCAGCCUCCGAUCACCCCUCGCUGACCGCCGCCCUGGGUCCAGCUGUUUUCAAUGGCAAGGAGUCCCCGAAGCCCGCGCAGCUGGUGAAGAGCAGCCUGUCGGCUGUGCCUCGGCCCUCCGCGACAGGUAUCUUAUCAAACUCCGGGCCCCCCAAAAAACGCCACAAAGGGUGGUCUCCAGAAUCUCCAUCAGCUGCAGAUGGUGGCUACCCCCAGGGUGGUGGGAACAGAGCUAAGUAUGAGAGUGCAGGCAUGUCCUGCGUGCCCCAGGUUGGCUUGGUGGGACCAGCUUCAGUCACCUUUCCUGUUGUGGCCUCCGGAGAACCAGUGUCCGUUCCUGAUAACUUGCUGAAAAUAUGCAAGGCCAAGCCAGUGAUAUUUAAAGGCCACGGGAACUUCCCUUACCUCUGUGGGAACCUGAACGACGUCGUCGUGAGCCCUCUCCUGUACACGUGCUACCAGAACUCCCAGUCCAUCUCUCGAGCCUAUGAACAGUACGGGGCCUCCACCAUACAGCCCAUCUCAGAGGAGAUGCAGCUCCUGCUGACCGUCUACUAUCUCGUCCAGCUGGCGGCAGACCAGGUGCCCCUGAUGGAGGACCUGGAGCAGAUCUUCUUGCGCUCGUGGCGCGAGUCGCACCUGACUGAGAUCCGGCAGUACCAGCAGGCACCACCACAGCCCUGCCCACCCGCGCCAAGCGCCGUGGCACCUGUCACCUCGGCCCAGCUGCCCUGGCUGGCUGGCCUGGCCGCUAGCUCCUGCAACGACAGCGUGCACAUCAUCGAGUGCACCUACUCCCUGGCUGAGGGCCUCUCCGAGAUGUUCCGACUCCUCAUCGAGGGCAAGCUCGCCAAGACGAACUAUGUCGUGAUCAUCUGCGCCUGCCGGAACGCUGCCAUCGACUCCUGCAUUGCCGUCACCGGAAAAUACCAAGCCCGGAUUCUUUCUGAGAGCCUUCUCACCCCAGCGGAGUACCAGAAAGAAGUCAGUUAUGAGCUGGUUACAGGGAAGGUGGACUCCUUGGGGGCCUUUUUUAGCACCCUCUGUCCAGAGGGUGACAUUGACAUUUUGCUGGACAAAUUUCAUCAGGAAAAUCAAGGCCAUAUUUCUUCCUCACUUACUGCCUCCUCUGUCACCAAGUCAGCAUCCCUGGAUGUCGGUGGUGUACCAGCGUGCACAAGUUACAAUCUAGAGCCCCACUGCAUCCGGCCCUUCCAGCUGGCCGUGGCCCAGAAGCUCCUCUCCCACGUGUGUUCGAUCGCGGAUUCCAGUACCCAGAAUCUGGACUUAGGAUCCUUUGAGAAGGUGGACUUUCUGAUUUGUAUUCCACCCUCAGAAGUGACCUACCAGCAGACCCUGUUCCACGUCUGGCAUUCAGGGGUUUUACUGGAGCUUGGCUUGGAAAAGGAGCACGUGACCAAGCAGAGGGUUGAGCAGUAUGUUUUGAAGCUAGAUGCAGAGGCGCAGACAAAAUUUAAGUCCUUUCUGCAAAACUCCUUUCAGAAUCCACACACACUCUUCGUCCUAAUCCACGACCAUGCCCACUGGGAUCUUGUCAGUAGCACUGUUCAUAAUCUCUAUUCCCAAAGUGACCCAUCUGUGGGAUUGGUGGAUAGAUUGCUCAAUUGCAGGGAGGUGAAGGAGGCCCCCAACAUCGUCACCCUGCACGUGACUUCCUUCCCUUACGCGCUGCAGACACAACAUACCCUCAUCAGCCCUUACAACGAGAUCCACUGGCCUGCUUCCUACAGUAACGGAAUGGACUUAUAUCCUGAGAAUAAGAAGUACUUCGGGCUGUCAGAGUUCAUUGAGUCCACCCUUUCAGGACACAGCCUCCCCUUGCUCAGAUAUGACAGCUCCUUCGAGGCCAUGGUCACCGCAUUGGGAAAAAGGUUCCCCCGCCUGCACAGCGCGGUGAUCAGGACCUUUGUUCUCGUGCAGCACUACGCGGCCGCCAUGAUGGCCGUGAGCGGCCUCUCGCAGAUGAAGAACUACACGUCGGUGGAGACGCUGGAGAUCACCCAGAACCUCAUCAACUCCCCGAAGCAGUGCCCCUGCGGCCACGGGCUCAUGGUCUUGCUGCGGGUGCCCUGCUCGCCGCUGGCGGCCGUGGCCUACGAGCGGCUGGCCCACGUGCGGGCCCGCCUGGCCCUGGAGGAGCACUUUGAGAUAAUCCUGGGCAACCCCAGCUCCGGCAUCACGGUCGGGAAGCACUUCGUGAAGCAGCUCAAGAUGUGGCAGAAAAUUGAGGAUGCGGAGUGGAGACCUCAGACUUACUUGGAACUGGAGGGCCUGCCUUGCAUCCUGAUCUUCAGUGGGAUGGACCCGCAUGGGGAAUCCUUACCAAGGUCUUUGAGGUACUGUGACCUGCGUCUGAUAAACUCCUCGUGCUUGGUGAGGACAGCCUUGGAGCAGGAGCUGGGCCUGGCUGCUUACUUUGUGAGCAACGAGGUUCCCUUGGAGAAGGGGGCUCGGAACGAGGCCUUGGAGAGCGAUGCGGAGAAGCUGAGCAGCACGGACAACGAGGAUGAGGAGCUGGUGACGGAAGGCUCCACCUCGGAGAAGAGGAGCCCUGUGAAGAGGGAAAGGUCCUGCUCCCACGACUCGGCCUCUUCAUCCCUCUCCUCGAAAGCGUCCAGCUCAGUGCUCUGCGGCGAGUCCUCGGCUCAGUCCGGGGGCCCCUCUCAGGGGGAGCGGGCCGGAUCGCCGCAGCCCAGUGGCCCUUCAGAGGAGGGCAGGGUCCCUGGAGAGAGACAGAGGCUCCGAGCGAGUCGGGGGCCACCAUCGGUCAUCAGUCGGCACAGCCCCGGGCUGGCCCCACGGCCUGACUCUAGCCUCAAGACCAGCCAGAGGAGCAUCCAGGUGUCUGUCACCUCGUUGUCCUCCCAGCUCUCCUCCUCCUCGGGCUCGUCCUUCUCCUCCACGGUGCCCACCACCAGCACGCUCGUCCUGCAGGCCUCGCAGUGCUCCAUGACCAAGACCUACCAGCAGCCACCCAUCGUCUUCCUGCCCAAGCUGGUGUAUGACAUGGUCACGUCCACUGACAGCAGUGGCCUUCCCAAGGCCGCCUCGCUCCUGCCCUCCCACUCGGUCAUGUGGGCCAGCUCCUUUCGCCCCCUGCUCAGCAAGACGAUGACGUCCACAGAGCAGUCUCUGUACUACCGGCAGUGGACGGUGCCCCGGCCCAGCCACAUGGACUAUGGCAACCGUGCUGAGGGCCGCAUGGACAGCUUCCACCCACGCAGGCUGCUGCUCAGCGGGCCCCCUCAGAUCGGGAAGACAGGCGCCUACCUGCAGUUCCUCAGUAUUUUGUCCAGAAUGCUCAUUCGGCUGACAGAAGUAGAUGUUUACGAUGAAGAAGAGAUCAAUAUCAACCUCAGAGAAGAAUCAGAUUGGCAUUACGUCCAGCUCAGUGACCCCUGGCCAGACCUGGAGCUGUUCAAGAAGUUGCCUUUUGACUACAUUAUUCAUGACCCCAAGUAUGAGGAUGCUAGUCUGAUUUGUUCACACCAUCAGAGCAUGAAGAGUGAAGACAGAGGGAUGUCCCGGAAGCCGGAGGACCUCUAUGUGCGGCGUCAUACGGCGCGGAUGAGGCUGUCCAAGUACGCGGCCUAUAACACAUACCACCACUGUGAGCAGUGCCACCAGUACCUGGGCUUCCACCCCCGCUACCAGCUCUAUGAGUCCACCCUGCACGCCUUUGCCUUCUCUUACUCCAUGCUAGGAGAGGAGAUCCAACUCCAUUUCAUCAUCCCCAAGUCCAAGGAGCACCACUUCGUCUUCAGCCAACCUGGAGGCCAGCUGGAGAGCAUGCGACUGCCCCUCGUCACAGACAAGAGUCAUGAAUAUAUAAAAAGUCCAACAUUCACUCCAACAACUGGCCGUCACGAACACGGACUCUUUAACCUGUACCACGCAAUGGAUGGGGCCAGCCAUUUGCAUGUGCUGGUUGUCAAGGAGUAUGAAAUGGCUAUUUAUAAGAAAUACUGGCCCAACCACAUCAUGCUGGUGCUCCCAAGUAUCUUCAACAGCGCUGGAGUCGGCGCCGCCCAUUUCCUGAUCAAGGAGCUCUCCUACCACAACCUGGAGCUCGAGCGAAACCGGCAGGAGGAGCUCGGCAUCAAGCCGCAGGACAUCUGGCCUUUCAUCGUGAUUUCUGAUGACUCCUGCGUGAUGUGGAACGUGGUGGACGUCGACGGUGGCGGCGAGAGAAGCAGCAGGGAAUUUUCCUGGUCAGAAAGAAACGUCUCUUUGAAGCACAUUAUGCAGCACAUCGAGGCGUCCCCCAACAUCACGCACUACGCCCUGAUCGGCAUGCGGAAGUGGUCCAGCAGGACCGGGUGCCGGGAGGUGCGUGAGCCCUUCUCCCGCUGCCACGUGCACGACUUCAUCAUCCUGAACGUGGACCUGACCCAGAACGUGCAGUAUAACCAGAACCGGUUCACGUGUGACGACGUGGACUUCAACCUGCGGGUGCACAGCGCCGGCCUCCUGCUGUGCCGGUUCAACCGCUUCAGCGUGAUGAAGAAGCAGAUCGCGGUGGGCGGGCACAGGUCCUUCCACAUCACGUCCAAGGUGUCUGACAGCCCCGUGGCCAUCGUGCCAGCCCAGUACAUCUGCGCCCCCGACAGCAAGCACACGUUCCUCGCGGCCCCCGCACAGUUGCUGCUCGAGAAGUUCCUCCAACAUCACAGCCAUCGCUUCUUCCCGCUCUCCCUGAAGAACCACGGCCACCCUGUGCUGUCGGUCGACUGCUACCUUAACCUGGGGUCUCAGAUUUCUGUGUGUUAUGUGAGCUCCAGGCCCCACUCUUUAAACAUCAGCUGCUCGGACUUCCUGUUCAGUGGACUCCUGCUGUACCUCUGUGACUCUUUUGUGGGAGCCAGCUUUUUGAAAAAGUUUCAUUUUCUGAAAGGUGCCACCUUGUGUGUGAUCUGUCAGGACCGGAACUCACUCCGCCAGACGGUCGUCCGCCUCGAGCUGGAAGAUGAGUGGCAGUUCCGACUGCGCGACGAGUUCCAGACCGCCAAUGCAAAGGAAGACCGACCGCUCUUCUUUCUGACCGGACGACACAUCUGAGAGACACCAGCAGAUUCUCCAGAAGAGUGGAGUGCUCAGAACCUCAUGCUAUUGAGGCUAAAAGAAUUCCUGGAACCACAGGGUGUUUGAACUGGAGCGGGCCCCAGAGACUGUCUGCUGUGCACCCUCCUCAUGGUACGUGGCAGGGAGCCGAGGCCCAGCGAUGGAUGGAGAUUUAUUGAGAGUGAAGAGGAUGAGUGGCUGGCGAACAGGACCAUAAACCCAAGCCUCCUGGGUUCUGGGCCAGGCCGUGUUGCCCUGGGCUAUGUCAAAGUCCAUUUUGUGAAGACAAAGGUUUGCCCACCGUCAUGUCAUCCAUAUGCUUCUGUGGACAAACUUGACUUUUCUUUUAGUUCUUAAGGAUCACUCUUGGAUUAUCUCGUAGAGGCGCCAGUAUUUCAGGCGACAGAUAUGAUGUUAGCUGUGUAGGUUUCCCUGUCACCUACUACAAAGCAAUAUUCCAGAAGAACAUUGUAACCGUAAAGGCUGGGGACAAGAAAAAGCUGCGUGGGUCACUUGAUAAGAAUUAUGAGUUGUUUACAAGUUGCCCUUUUAGAAGCUAGCCCAAAGGCGUCCACUGUAAUAAAGGAAAGCAAAUUGUUUUCCCUCCAAGCAAAUAUAAUUCUCUUAAAACGGUAUAGGGCAAUUCCCUCCCUCUUGGAAAGGGCGAAAGUGGAAAGAAACUUUCUUUAAAACUAAAGAGGUUUCAGGAAGGAAAUUAGGGUUACAGAGGUUGAUGUUAAGAAACAGCAUUUGCCUUACAAAGGAAAGAGGAGCAAAUUGGUUACUUGAAACCAGCAAUGAAAACAACCAAAGUGAUAUGUAAACGAGUUAAUAAGAACUAGACUUCCGACUAUAAUUUAUUGAAGCUCAGUUUUCAGUUCCUUAAAUAGUUUGUUUUCUCUUAUGAGUGACCGGUCCCUGGCCAGAGAGGAAGGGGACCGAUGAGAGAAGAAGGCAGGGGUGUUCCAUGAUGCCCACACGUUCGCUUGCCUGCUGGAACAUUUUUUUAAACCAGCAUGUUAGAGUGCCACCUACAGGCCGAAUGUUGGGCCCGGUGCUGUCACAGUUACCACCUCGCUUAAUCCUUCCAACAGCCUGUGUGGUGGAAUGAUUCUCCCACUUGAAAGAUGAGAAGGUUGAGAUGCAGAGGGCACCUCCCCAGGCGGGAAAGCAGUAGAAGCACAAGUCAGACUCCUGGGUUCUGGACUCCAGAGUCUGUCUCCCCCUGCCCCACAUUGCUUUUGGAGUGGCCCGUAACCCAAGGAAAAGUUUACUGGUACUCAAAACUUGAUCAUCAGAGAGCAUUCUUAGACAUCCAUCGCAGACAUUUAUAAGCACUCUAGUGGAUAACAAUCCAAGAAGAAAUUAUUUUAAAAGAUGAUGCCAAAGAGUUGAUGUCAAUGUUUUCUUCCCUAAGAAAAAAAAUCCGUGAGUAUAAAAGAUUAGAUCAAUGUUCAUAAAAUGAUUCCUUUGUAUAUGCCAUUAUUCCUAUUUUGGAAUAAAAACUUAUUUUCUUUAGUUA